AGUUAGCUUUUUUUAACUGGCGAUGAGCGACAAUAAGCAGGUAGGUGAAACUCCCAGUAGCGAGGUUGCUAACCGAUUUCGAAGCUGUAGGGAUCUGAGCGACAUUGUACCGUUGUAUCCGUCGCACGCGCUUUAUCUGAAACCGCUUGCCAAAGUUAACGUGUCGGUCAGUCUGCCCCAACUGAAGACUCCAGGCAAAACUAUAUCGACAUGGGAGGUAAUGGAGAAGAUACGCGCGCUUAUACUGCCGGACGAAUUUGCAUCCCUGAAAGUGGCCAAGAGCACCUUGGAAUUCAUCCGGCUGGAGGGCGACCUGCGGGACCGGUGCAGGUUGUCAAGAGUGCUGGCCAGGUUGGAUUUGCAACAGUUGAAUCUGUCCGGCUUCUCCAAUGUUCUCAAGGUCCGCGCGGCCGAGGCGAAGGAUGAUUUCCCAACUAGACAUAGCUGGAACUCCUAUUUUAGAGAUGCAAAACAUAUGAAUGAGUUAAAGGCCGGCGAAAGACCGGACACCAUUCAUAUUACUGGUCUACCGGUUAAGUGGUUUACCGAAGAUAAUACAAAUGUACCGAGUGAGUCACUCAUUACAAAGAUCUUUAAAAAAUGGGGCGCAUUGAGGAAAGUUGACGUGCCCGCUGCGGAUUCCUACAGAUCCAGAAUGCGGCUCGGUAAUAACAUUCAUAAAUUCAGCUUCGAAGAUGGCAUAUUUUUCGACGUGUAUGUACAAUAUGUCGAAUACAUGGAUUUUGUCAGAGCGAUGGACGCUCUGCGCGGCAUGAAGCUGUUGAAGAAGGAUGGUCAGAAUUCGUUAACCGCAACACUAAAAGUUGAUUUUGACAAGACCAAACAUUUGAGUGACAAUUCGAUAUCGCACCGUGACUUCGAGAGAAAACGUUUAAUAGCACAGGAUAAUUUAGCAGCGGAGAAAAUGCGGAAGAGAGAGGAAGCAGAAAAAAAACGGCAAGAGGAACAAAGAAAAAAGGAGGAGGCAGAUUCGAUGGCGAAAGUAAAUCGACAACGAAACCGGGAAGAAAAACGAAAACGAAAGGCCCUUACGAAGUUUCGUAAGCAAGAAGAGGAUAAAGUUUCUAUGAAGAUUGCAAGAGAAGAACAAAAGUUGAUAAAAGCUCAACGGCAGUUGGAAAGCAUACGUUUAUUAGAUGAACUAUUUGAUAGAAUAAAGACAAAAGUGGAGAAAAAAGAGAUUAAGCUGGAUCAGAACAUGGAAAAGAAGGGUGAAAAGAAAAACAAUCAAACAAAUGAAAAGAAAGUAGAUUCGGAAAACGAUAAGAAUAAGGAAAAGCAAAUUAAGAAAACAAUGAAGAAAGAAAAAAAGAAAAAGAAAAAGCGAAAGAAAACGCAGAAAAAACGGAAAAAGGGCGAUAACUCUGUUUCAGACAGCACAACUGAAGAAGAAUCAGAUAAAGAGACAAGUAAGAAAAAACUCAAGAGUGUCUUGAUAAAAAACGAUGGUGCAACUUCGUCUACAGGUGCAGGAAAUCUUCCUUAUGAGUAUUCUGAUUCGAUGUCGGUGUUACCAUCGAUGGCAUCAUUCCAAGCAAUGAGGAUGCCGAGAUAUGCGAGAAGACAGAUGAUGCGGUCGCCAGGAUAUUCUGCGAUGUCACUUCAUCAUCCCAUGUUACCUGUGGGCAGAGGCCGAGGAUUUGUUCCACGAUAUGAGAUGAACUAUACGCUAACAAAUCCUUAUUUGUAUAACGGGCAAUAUUACGAAUAUUUUACACAUCUAGUCGAGCGAGAUUCGAAGCAACAAAAAUCGAAAAUACGUAACCGCCAAAAAUCAACAAGUAGAUCUAUCUCAAGAACGAGAACUAGAUUGGGUUCUAGGAGAAAAUCUAGAAGUAUCUCUAGAUCGCAUAGUAGAAGACGCAGCGAUUCGCGUUCCAAGAGUCGUCAAAGGUCGAAGUCAAGAUCCAGAUCGAGAUCACAUAGAUCAAGAUCACGAUCACGCAGAUCAAGGUCGCGAUUGCGCAGAUCGAGAUCACAAUCGCGCAGAUCAAGAUCACAAUCGCGCAAAUCAAAAUCGCGAUCGCGUCGACCGAAGUCUCGGUCUAGAAAUCGCUCUAGAUCGCGUAGUCGCCGAAAAUCGGGAAGUAGAUCUUGCUCGAGAAGAAAAACAAAGUCUAGAUCUAACUCUAAGACGAGGCACAAGAAUAACAAAUCGUGCAGUAGAUCCAAAUCAAGUUCCAGAACGCGUCCUUCUAGAUCCAGACGAAAUUCACGAUCUAGAAGUCGCUCCAAGUCUCGCAGCAGAAAUCGUUACAGAAGCAAGCGUGGCAAGAGAUCGUCUUCUAUUGUAAAAGUUACACGAGCGAAAUCACGACCCACAUCACCCAGACGAAGAUCACGCAGUAGUUCUUGGUCUUUGCCAAAGUCACCAGGUCGUAGAAGUUGCUCUUGGUCAAGAGCUGCUUCUGCAAAUAAUGUUAACGAACAAGACGUGAGCAAGGAUUCUGAAAAACUUAUUCAAGAAGAAACAGCAAAGACAGUGGAAAUGCUAAGCGCAGAAACGAAUUAAUUUGGCACUUGAUUUCGUUAAAGCAUGUCAAGAAGAAACAUUAAACAUACAAUUAUACAAAAAAUAAUCAUACUUUUAGUAUACUUUUAGUAUACUUGCUACACAGUGCGAAUA